AUGCAGUUCAUGUUAUUAUUUAGCAGACAAGGCAAGCUGAGGCUGCAAAAAUGGUACGUGGCCCAUCCAGACAAAGUAAAGAAGAAAAUAACGAGAGAAUUGAUCACAACCAUCCUGGCCAGGAAACCCAAAAUGUGUAGCUUCUUGGAAUGGAAGGAAUUGAAAAUAGUCUACAAAAGAUAUGCAAGUCUAUACUUCUGUUGUGCAAUUGAACAAUGUGAUAAUGAACUGCUCACUCUGGAGAUCAUUCAUCGGUAUGUGGAACUGUUGGACAAAUAUUUUGGAAGUGUGUGUGAGUUGGACAUAAUUUUCAACUUUGAGAAAGCCUAUUUCAUCCUGGAUGAACUUCUUUUGGGAGGUGAGGUGCAAGAAACCAGCAAGAAAAAUGUUCUCAAAGCAAUUGCUGCUCAGGAUCUGUUACAAGAGGACGAAGCUGUUGAAGGUGCUUUGAGGGAUAUCGGUUUACUAUAACCCCAAGGGCUAGGCUAGGAAAGUAGUCAACUGUCGAAAGCAACCAAUGUUUCAUUUUAUAUAUUCCACUGAAUCAUAGAUAAUGUGCCUGAAAAAUGUGAGGGCCACAGUAUUUCAUCUUUGUGAUAUGUUCAAAAUAAGUGUCAACGUACAUUGCCAAAAAUAUAUUUGUAUGUCUAAUGGUGGAUUUAUGCAGCAUCAUUU